GUGCAAGAAUUCUUAUAUGAUUUUUUAAAUGCUCAAGAAAAUCAUAUCAUUUAACAAAAUAUGAUAUAAAUAAUUACUCAUAUAGCAUAAUGACUACUUAGAAUUAAUUUAUGAAUGAGAUAGAUAAUAAACGUGGUAACGCUGUUUAUAAAUAAGGUUUACAAGAAUCUAGGUCGUGCUUAGAUACAUCUACGCAUCUAAUUGCAGAAGACAACAAUGAAAAGCAAUUUAUCUCUUAUCUGUAAUUUCUUUAAAAACCAUAUGCAGUUUAUGCCUUACAUUACAAUAAUUUUCAGGAAGUAUAUUAUGAGUCUAUAAUGAAGAUUAUGUAUCGAGGUUAAAGAUAAACUGAGGAAAUCCGACCUGACGAUUUUAUUUGAAAACUCGAUGUUACAAUUACAGUUGACACGCGAGAUUAUAGAAGCCUCUCAUAAAUUGCAAUACAAUAACUCGUUCACGCUAUUAUAUUCUCUGAAUCGUGUGCGUGUGUGUACGUGAUUGCGUAAAUAUAAUCCGCGCUAUAACUUAUUCUUCUGCUCAUGAGUAUGUGUUCCAACGCUAUAAAAAGCGUACAACAAGACAAUCAUUUUGCAGUGUUAAAAUGUGGUUUGACAAGUUCGUGUUUUGUGCGUUUAUAAUCGCAUGGAUCAACGCCGAGGAAGAUAUUCAAUUAGAAAUUCCUCAGGGAUUUUUAAAGGGUCUAAAGACCAAUACCGUUUUGCAGGGCAAAACGUACUUUAGUUUUAAAGGAAUACCCUACGCGAAACCCAAUGUUGGCCUUAAUAAAUUCCAGAUGCCGGAGCCAGCUGGCAACUGGGAAGGCAUGUAUGACGCAACUUAUCAUCGUUCGUCUUGUCCAUUCUUUUGUAUAAUACAACAAGACCUGAUAGGCGAAGAAGAUUGUCUUUAUCUUAAUGUUUACACACCGGUAUUGAACAAAGAUGCUCGUAAAGCCGUUAUGGUAUGGUUCCAUGGCGGUUUUUUCAACAGUGGUCUCGGGGAUAAUCUUUACUUUGGUCCCGAUUUUCUAAUCGAACAAGAUGUCAUUCUUGUAACGCUUAAUUAUAGACUCGGUCCAAUCGGGUUUUUAAAUACUGGUGACAAAAAUGCACCUGGUAACGCUGGAUUAAAGGAUCAGGUAAUGGCUCUUAAAUGGGUCAAGGAUAAUAUACAUUAUUUUGGCGGCUGUCCCAACCGAGUUACGAUCUUCGGCCAAAAUGCGGGUGCGAGUUCCGUCCAGUUUCAUAUGAUGUCUCCUAUGUCAGACGGUUUAUUCAACAGUGCCAUUCAACAGAGCGGAAGCGCGGUAAAUACAUGGGCAAUUUCUUACAAUCCCAGGGAAUUAGCUUUUAAAUUGGGGGAUAAACUCGAUAUUGAGACGACUGAUUCUGCCGAGUUGGUUGCUAAACUCGCAGAGUUUCAUCCGAAAGACUUAAUCGCGGCCAGUGAUGAAAUAAUGAAAACCGAGAACACUAUGAACGGCCGCUUAUCAGCGUUCCUUCCAUCGGUUGAAGUUGAUCUAGGACAGGAAAUAUUUCUGCCCGACGAUCCCUGGACGCUCCUAAAAUCUGGAAAAAUUGCCAACGUGCCCGUUAUGGCUGGGAUUACGGCGGACGAGUCUGUUUUCUUCGUUCAGAUGAUGCUCGGUAAUAUCGAUCAGAUGAAUGAGCACUUCGAGAACUUUCUGCCAGUCGACUUGAAUGUAACCGAUGCCGGGCAUAAGAACGAACUGGGUGCAAGCCUGAAGAGCUUCUACUUCGGGGAUAAGUCGAUCUCCACGGAAACGACGAAAGAGUUCACGAUGAUGUUGGACGACAUCAUGUUUGACGCAGCGACCGCACUCAGUGUAGAUAUAUUAAGCUCCCGAAUUUCGGCACCAAUUUACGAGUAUUUAUUUUCUUACGAAGCUCCAUUCGGUAUGAUAAAAACUCUGGUGCAAGUGGAGGAAGGCGUUUCCCAUGGUGACGAUUUGACUUAUGAAUUCUAUUCGGAUGCUUUGAAAAAUGUGCCACAACCCGAUUCACCUGCCGAGAGGAUGAUGCGUAUUUUUACCACUUUAUUGACAAACUUUGCAAAAGACGGGAAUCCGACAUCAAAUAUGAAUGAGUAUGUAACUGUAAACUGGGAACCCAGAGGAAAAGAGGAUAAUUACAUGAAUAUUAAUCAAGAUUUAAAAAUGGAGAAAGGCUUAAUGCAAGAUAGAAUAGACUUUUGGAUGAAUUUGUACAAAAAUGUUAUUGGUUAAAAAUAUACGAAUAGAUUAAUUUACGAGGAUGCAGUACAAAUAUGCUGACUACAUCGAACCUCAUAAUUAAUAAAUAAUAAUGUAUAAUUAUUCUUAUA